AUUCAGCCAAGGAUAGUGGGAAAUCAGCAGAAAAAGAUUCAUUAGGCGGUGAUGAUUCAAAAGGUUUCCCAAUUUCUCCGGGCACAGGAAGGGAAGCAAGUUCAGAAAAAGCUGUAAGCUUACCAGGAUCAGGAUCAGAGCCGUCAAACCAUGUAGGCUUAACAGGUCCACAGCACCAAGCUGGGAGAGAAGCAAUAACUAAAUCUGGGGUAAUGGCAAGCACUGUAGGUCAAUUGCCUAAUGGGAAUAACGGUGGUUUAUUUGCAGAUCAUGGAAUUGUGCAUACCGCAUUAACUGGGGAAGUAUUGGGUUCCUCUAAUAUUUUUCAAAAAAUUAGUAAAGUAUUGAAAUCAGAUUAUUUUCGUCACUCACUUACUGGUGCUUCCGCAAUUGGGGUGCUUAUCUUCCUCUUCUAUUUCUUCAAAGUAAUUACAAAUUUUAUCUUAAAAUGUGAAUAUUUGGUUGGUCGAAAUCAAAUAAAAGGGAUAAGACGAAAAGAGAACGCGAGAAUAAUUACUACUAAGCAUAUGAAGAAGAUUUUUCAAGAUAUGGAUCUGAACAUUCAGU